UAAAACAAAAUCGUUCCAAAUAGUUCAUGAACAAUUUUUUUUUCACACACGCCCUGAUUUUGUUCUUUUUUGCCGAGGGCUAUUCAAAUGUCCAAACACGCUGAAUAUUGGCACGAACCUCACACACUCAAACAUCUUCCUUGCAAGAAAAAAAAUCAGUUUUUUUACUCUUUCUAAUAUAUUUUUUUGAUUUCACUGUUUACAGACAGGAGCCUUUUUUUAGAUCAGAUCACAUUAGCUCGGGAGCAAUUUCACCGCUCUUUGUUAUUGUUUUUUUUUUAAGAUCUGCUCCUUGUUAUUGUUGGGAAGUUAUUGUUGGGAGUACUCCCUCCGUUUAUAAAUAUUUAUCUUUCUAGAGAUUUCAAUAAAUAACUACAUAUGAAGCAAAAUGAGUGACUCUACACUCUAAAAUAUGUUUACAUACAUCCGUAUAUGAUACUUCAUUUGAAAUCUCUAAAAGGACAAAUAUUUAGAAACGGAGGGCAGGCAAAUAGAUGGAUCAGGCCUGCUUAAAAUUCCAGCAGCCCACAUACACGUAGUGGCCUCCUCUCGAAAGAAAACAAAAAAGAACGUAUACGUGACCUCAAAAGAAAAAAAAAAGAUGUAUUUUGUUUUUUUUCUCGGAAAAGACUACACGUAGCUUUGCCUCUACGCUACGUAUGAUUGUACAAAUACGGCGUAGACGCUACGUAUACGUAUCUCUACGGGCCGCUACAGCCGAUCUCGUCUCCUUCGAUCUCGCGAAAGCAAACCCUAGCGCUCUCGCGAAAAGCUCCUUGAUCCAUCGCCAUGGCGCCAUCGGCUUCCGACGUCCUGCGCCUCGACGGCAACGGGAACCCGAGGACGCUCCGCCUCUUGGCGUCGCUCGUGGAGGCCGAGUCCCGCCGCUUCGCCGCCGCCGCCUCCGAGCCCGCGGAGAACGACCUCGUCCGGGCGUUCCGCGGCGGCGCGACCCCGGCCGUCCCCAUCACCGAGUUCCUCGAGCGCCUCCAGCGCUGCAACUACUUGUUUGAUGGCGCCGUCUACGUCCUCGCGGCGGCGUACCUCGCGCUCUUCAUGCGCAGCCCCGCCGCGCUCGAGGCCGGGAUCGUCGUCGAGCCGGCCACCGCGCACCGCCUGAUUUCCGUGGCGGUCCUGCUCGGUGCCAAGUUCAGCAGCCCGAGGUACUACGAGAGGCGGGUGGAGUCGUUCCAGGUAUGCUCGGGCGAGUCCAUCCGGUCCACCGAGCUGUGCCCGCUCGAGUUGCUGUUCCUACGCGCCCUCGACUACCGGGUCUUCAUCGACGACGAAGAAUUCCGGCGCUUCUUCAGGAUCCUGGAACGCCGUCCAGCUCCAGCGCGCAGCGUGGCUUGUGCAGCGAAGAAGAGGAAGGCCGAGGAGGAGGUGGAACCACGCCGCGUGCGAGCUUGCCAGCUAGCCGCCCGCUACGGCAUCUCAGGAUUCAACCAGAGCUAAGUUUUCAAUUCUCUCUCUCUCACUAUUGCAUCCUCGAAUUGUUUCUUGCAUUGCAUUUGAAUCAUGCCACUCAGGAACUCACCACGCUUUCCUUCUGUCGCUUACUUGGUACUACUUACUGUCGUUUCUGUGUUUUCAAUGGAGGUUGUUUCCGGUGGAGAUCCAUCCAGCAGAGGGAAGGAGUCAGAGGACGAGAAGCCAGAGCUCACAGCAGACGGAGAUCAAAUGUUCGCCUAAAUGUCAAGUCUGUCAGAUUGAGUACGACAAGGGUUAGUCCACUUGAGUCCACUGUUGUCGUCUAUGUCUAGUCUUGGCUAAGAAGUAGCGUGUUACAGUCAGUUAAUCAUUACUCCCUCCGUCACAAAAUAAGUGUCGCCGAUUUAGUAUUAAAUCCAGACACUUAUUUUGAGACCGAGGGAGAGUCCUUGUGUAAGAUUCUUUUGAUAUAUCAAUAAAGAGUAUUCGAUGUUUUGCACGAUGGCUUAUAGCGUCGUGCAAUUCACGUGUCCAGAAAUUAUUUAGCCCAAAUCAGAGUCUAGUGUUCUCGUCUAGCUAUUCUGUUACGAUCAGCUAUUCAUUAGUACUGUAAGAUCAUCAAGUUUUCAAUUUCAAAGAUCAAUAAAGAGUAUACUUUUUGCUGGA